AUGGGGAAGCCAAAGCGCAUGAGUGAGGUGUUUGCAUCAUCGGCCGAGAAGGACGCCGAUACUAUUAUGGUGACUGCAACUCCGCCAUACUCAAGCGAGGGACCUACACUACCGAUCAUUGGGGCACCAGAUGACGCAUCGAAAGCCAACGAGGCCAAGGGGUCAGGCAAGAAGCGAAAAGCGCAAGAUAAAAUCAAUGGCACAGCUACGAAGAAACCGUCGCAACCACCAUCUCCACCUACAAUCCACCCAUCACUCUACGAACCAUGGACACGAUUACCCACCGAACUGCGCAAGCUCCUCGAGACACAAAAGCGUAUGCGGGCUACGCAGAAUAUCGUACCAGUCGUCUUCUCGAAGAACCAGAACGUCAAGUCCGGGAUCAACAGGCUGAAGACAUACCUGGGUGCCUACAGAGACCUUGCCUCUACGAUCGAGAUGCCGGAUGCACUAAAAGAGGAUGAUCUGAUCAUAGCUAUCUCAGCGCAAGGCGAGGGCACAACCAAACUAGUAGGCAUCGUGGACAUGGUCCGACGGAUUGUAGCGCCGAGUGGGACCGAGCAUGGCAGAAAUGCGAAGGAGGAAGCGUGGUGGAUGUAUACUAUGCUUACGAGCGUGGAGGUUGACCGAGAAAUGAAGACAUCAAGACCAAUGGAAAAGAGCAACACAGACACCGAGAAAACCCAGAAUACCCAGGAGAACGAGGAGGAGGCUUUUGAGUCUACGGACUUCGACGGGCAUGAUGCACAAGGACCAACGACCGGAAAAAACACUAUGCAGAAGAGGGUGAUCCCUGUGAUAACAGUCUGGAUGACGAAGAAGCGGAUACCCGUGUUUCAGAACGCCUUUGGGGAGCAGAUGUUUGCCGUGCAAUUACUACCCAAAGACUCUGACUGA